AUGUCUCCGCCAGCCAUCAUCGCACCCUCGAUCCUAAGCGCGGAUUUCGCAGCGCUGGGUGCAGCAUGCUCAAAGACCAUUGGAGAGGGUGCGGACUGGCUACAUGUUGAUAUCAUGGAUGGCCAUUUCGUCCCCAAUAUCACGUUCGGAGCUCCUGUCGUUACAAAGAUCAGAUCCCACGUCGAUCGGCCGAAGGCUGCUGGCGGAAAAGGCACGUUUGAUUGUCAUAUGAUGAUCUCAGAGCCACACCGAUGGGCCAGCACAUUUCGCGACGCCGGGUGCGAUCUCUACUGUUUCCACUACGAAGCAGCUGUCACGUCCGUGGCCGCGACCAAACCCGAAGACACCAGCGUUACGCGUCCAACGUCGCCGAAGGAGCUGAUCCGGUACAUCCACGAGCUGGGCAUGCAAGCAGGCAUCGCCAUCAAACCAGACACCAGCGUUGAUGUCCUGUGGGAGAUUCUAGAGAACCCAACCAAGGAGGAAAGACCGGAUAUGGUAUUGGUAAUGACCGUACAUCCGGGCUUCGGAGGCCAGAAAUUCAUGGCCAGCGAGCUGCCCAAAGUGUCGGCGCUGCGGCAGAAGUAUCCCGACCUCAACAUCGAAGUCGAUGGUGGUCUCGCCGAGGGCACGAUCGAACAAGCAGCAGAAGCCGGUGCGAAUGUCAUUGUGGCUGGAAGUGCCGUUUUUGGAGCCAAGGAUCCCGGCCAUGUCAUUCAGGUGCUCAGAGAGGCUGUCGAAAAGAGGAGGGCUGGUAAGCUAUAA